GGAGGAGGAGGAGGUGGUGGUGGUGGUAAUAAUCCCGUGUCUUCCUCGCCUCAACGCCGCCGAGGCGGUUAAAGUCGCCCUUCCCGCUCCGGCCUGGCCAUGGAGAGCUUCCUGGGAGGCUGCGGAGCCGCCCUUCAGGUCACCAAGAACAUCCUCUUUUGUCUCAGAAACCCUAGAUGCCCCCCUCCUUUGAAAAUGAGGCUUCUUCCACCCAGUGUGCUCCUGGCUACACCGGCGUCUCUCGGUGAGCAUCUCCGGACAAACCAGAAAGUCCAUGUGGUGUUGGGAAACGAGGCUUGUGACCUGGACUCCAUGGUAUCUGCUUUGGCCCUCGCCUGCUUCUUUGCAAAGACUUCUUGGGAAGCAAAGGCAGCCUUCAUUCCAGUCCUUAACAUCCCCCGCCUGGACUUCCCUCUGCGUACGGAGAGCACCUUCCUUCUCAAAGAGCAGCAGAUCCCUGAGAGCUCCCUUGUUUUCCGGGAUGAGAUUGACCUUCACGCCCUGCACCAAGCAGGCCUCCUUUCUUUGACGCUGGUUGACCACCACGUCCUGCCAAGUAGGGACAGAGCUCUUGAGGAGGCAGUUACGGAAGUGAUAGACCAUCGGCCCCUGGAGCUGCAGAGAGGCCCUUCCUGUCCAGUCACAGCCGAGCUAGUGGGCUCAUGUGCCACUCUAGUGACCGAAAGGAUCCUGCAGCAUCCAACACAGGUUCUGGACAGACAGACGGCCGCUCUUCUGCACGGUACGAUCGUGCUAGAUUGUGUCAACAUGGCGCCGGAAGCAGGCAAAGUGACUCCGAAGGACACCCAUUACGUCUCCCUUCUGGAAUCAAAAUUCCCUGAUCUGCCUUCAAGAAGCACCAUCUUUGAGGCUCUGCAGAAAGCCAAGUUUGAUGUUUCAGGCCUCACCACGGACCAGAUGCUGCGGAAGGACCUGAAGACCCUCUCUGGGAAAGAGGCCACCAUUGCCAUCAGCGCCAUCUAUGUCAGUCUGCAGGCCUUCUUGUCGCGUCCCGGGUUGGAGCAGGAGCUGCACACCUUCUGCCGCCGGAGGGGCUUCGCCGCCCUGCUUGCCAUGACCAUCUCCUUCAAGGAGCGCAACGUGCCCUUCAGGCAACUGGCUGUCUACAGCCCUCACGCGGAGCUCCAGGCUGCAGUGUCCCAAGCCUUGGAGCGCUCCAGCGACCCCUCCCUUGACCUGUCGCCCCGAGAGAGCCCUUCUCCUGCCAUCCGCGCCUACGAUCAGGGCAACGCCGUCGCCUCUCGCAAGAAGGUCCUUCCGGUCAUCCAGGCCUUCCUGAGCGUGUGGGACCGAGGCGGCCUGGCCGGCACUGACAUGCAGCCAGAGGCCACCGACCGAGACCGCAAGAUGAGAGCGGAUCCCUCCGGGGCCGCCGGCCGUGAUCCGGAGCUCGGCAGAGACCCAAAGGACCCAGCAAAGUCCCAUCAUUUGGGGGACGACUUAGUGGACGACGACGCCCCUCUGCCGCCCACCCCGAUGAACAGCCUGGUCGACGAGUGCCCCCUCGACCGGGGCCUCCCCAAGCUCUCCGCCGAGGCUGUCUUUGAACGGUUCAACCGCAUCGCGGUGGUGCGCUCCUCCACGGAAGAGAGCCCGGAGAAGAAGUGACGCCGCGGGCGGGCCGGACGCCUCCGAGUUUAGGGGAGCUUUCUGGAGGGUCUUGUAAUUGCGUGUGUGCAUGUGCGUGUGUGUGUGUGUGUGUGUGUGUGUGUAAGGAAAGAAACACCCUAUGCUUGGGUGUAGUGAAACACACAGUACAUUUCCAGACCCAGUUUAUAUGUCACCACACUGCAGCUGACCACAAUGGGAAGCAGGGGGAGCAUUGUUUGUGCUGCGGACAACUUCCCGCAGCAUUUCUCAGACUAGGACGAUGCUCUUGGACAUGACCUCGGUUGGUGACCCAAAGGAGAGCAGCCUCUGGAAUGAUGAAGGCACCGCUGACACCGUGACUGUCAUGGACCCAGUUUCCUCUGGCUGUAGACUCCAGAUGGGGUGGAUCGGUCGUACGAGUCAGGGCAGGAGAACAGGCUGGUAGAAGUGGGUCAGCCUGGAGGCAGAAAUCUGGACCUCCGAGAAGGGGUGGAUGGGUGGACGAGAGACGGCUUUGCUUGUCAUUUGAUCCCAGGUACAGUAGAUGCCAGCCGGGUCCUGCCUAGAAUAUGCGGCAGGAUAUUCUGUAGAACCGUUUGAUCCACAAGGCCAAACCUGCAACCUUGCUAAAAGGGGGAGAUUGUCUGCUCAAGAGAAGUGGGUGAUAGAUGGGGCCCGGGGAGAAUUAAGCCAGAGACUGGCAGUGCUCUUUCGGUAACUGCAAGGGAUUCCAAGAGCAGCAUCCUUUCCCACAAUGGGGGAGCACUAGCCUUACACCUGGGGGGUCAGAACAGUCCAGCAGCCAUUUUGGACUUUCUUAAAGAAAAAGGGGGAGAAAUGAGGCCGUUCUCCUCCACCCUCCGUGCCUUAGAGCCGAUUUUGCCCCAGGGUCCAGAGGACGUUUCUGUCCAUCGGUGGCCCUCCCAGAUUUUCCCCAUCCAUUGGGUGAUGAAAGAUGGAACAGAGACGUCAUGAUUCUUCAGCGCUGUCUCCAGAAGGCCUGCGUCUGGAGGUGCCCCAGGACUUCAGACAAAAGCAGCUGCUUGGCUCGAGCUGUGACGGGCUGGACAGUGUGUGUGAGCGCCGACAGGGAAGGGGGCAAAGACGCGGGGGGGCUCCCGGGGCUCCCAAGGGACAGCGAUGGGUCUCCAGGCCCGUCCUUUGGGGCUGUGUCAUCUGAAGGAGAGAGUGGCGCCCUUUGACCCUCUUUGACCUGGCCUGACCCGAGAAACGUGUCGGAUCUGCCGCUUUUUUCGUGCAGACUCGACAGACUCUAAAGGACUUUGAGAGCUUAACGGGUGACAAAUGUAGGGCCAUUAAAAUCUGGUUUCUUUGGGGGCAAUAUGACUAAAACCUUUGGAUACUUUCUGGAUCACCUUGAGGGUUACAAGUUUCUUCUCAUGGACUGAUUAAACCUGGGCCUGAGUUUCUGACACGGUGUGUUUGCGUGUAUCUCAAGGGGAGGGUUUGAAAGUGAUUUAACAUGCACGGCGUAAAUAAAAAGAAUAUACACAACCUGUUA